AUGGUGGAGCUGGAGAAGGAGGUUCUGCCGCUGCCGCCGCGGUACCGGUUCCGAGACCUGUUGCUCGGGGACUGGCAGACGGACGACAGUUAUCUGUCCUCCCCCCUUCCUCUCCAUCUCCAUCCAAACAUCAUCAUUCCUUUUAGAGUGCAGGUAGAGUUCUAUGUGAAUGAAAACACUUUCAAGGAACGUCUGAAGCUGUUCUUCAUCAAAAACCAAAGAUCCAGUUUGAGAGUGCGACUCUUCAACUUCUUCCUGAAGGUUGUGAGCUGCCUGCUCUACAUCGUACGAGUCCUGCUGGACGACCCACGAGAGGAGAGAGACUGUCCUGGCUGUCUCAGACAGAAUGCCUCUGCCCACAACAGAAGCCAUUUCGACUGGUCCCUCAUUAUUUGGGUGAACAGGCCUCUACCACUCUGGGCUCUUCAGGUGCUUGUUGCAUUCAUCAGUUUUUCAGAGACAAUGUUGUUGGUGUAUCUCAGCUACAAGGGCAACGUUUGGGAGCAAGUGCUGCGCAUUCCAUUCAUUCUGGAGAUGAUCAGCGCAGUUCCUUUUGUGAUCACUGUGAUUUUGCCCUCCCUCAGAAACUUGUUCAUUCCUGUUUUCCUGAACUGCUGGCUGGCCAAACACGCUCUUGAGAACAUGAUUAAUGACCUGCACAGAGCGAUUCAGCGCACACACUCGGCCAUGUUCAACCAGGUGCUCAUCCUCAUCAGCACCCUACUUUGCCUCAUCUUCACCUGUAUUUGUGGGAUUCAGCACUUGGAACGAGCAGGGAACAACCUGACACUCUUUGACUCUCUGUAUUUCUGUGUUGUCACCUUCUCUACGGUGGGCUUUGGUGAUGUCACACCUCAGAUCUGGCCCUCUCAGCUGUUGGUGGUCAUCAUGAUCUGUGUGGCUCUUAUAGUUCUACCAAUACAGUUUGAGCAGUUGGCUUUCUUGUGGAUGGAGCGACAGAAGUCUGGAGGGAACUACAGCCGCUAUCGCGCCCAGACUGAGAAGCAUGUGGUGUUGUGCGUCAGUUGUCUCAAGAUAGACCUACUCAUGGACUUUCUCAACGAGUUCUUUGCGCACCCUAGACUGCAGGAUUAUUAUGUGGUCAUCUUAUGUCCUGCUGAGAUGGACGUCCAGGUCCGGAGAGUACUCCAUAUCCCGCUAUGGGCUCAGAGGGUCAUCUACCUGCAGGGAUCUGCUCUCAAAGACCAGGACCUAAUGAGGGCAAAGAUGGAUGAUGCCGAGGCCUGUUUUAUCCUAAGCAACCGGUUUGAAGUGGACCGCUUUGCCGCUGACCAUCAGACCAUACUUAGAGCUUGGGCUGUGAAGGACUUUGCCCCAAACUGCCCUCUCUAUGUGCAGAUCCUCAAACCUGAGAAUAAGUUCCACAUCAAGUUCGCAGACCAUGUGGUUUGUGAGGAAGAGUUUAAGUACGCCAUGUUGGCCCUCAACUGUGUGUGUCCUGCCACUUCCACCCUGAUCACUUUAUUGAUUCACUCCUCUAGAGGACAAACAGCAUCUUCAGAGGCCUUCAAGCAGCGAGCCGGUGCCUUCCAGCCACUCAACAGGGAAGGUGGUGCUGGCUCCGUCGACCAAUGGCAGCUCACCUACAGGCGCUGCGCGGCCAAUGAGGUGCAUCACAUCCGGCUGGAAGAGAGCAAAUUUUUUGGAGAAUAUCAGGGAAAGAGUUUCACCUUUGCCUCCUUUCACGCACAUAAGAAAUACGGGGUGUGUCUGAUCGGGGUGCGCAGGAUGGACACAGCCAACAUCCUCUUGAACCCUGGACCCUGCCACAUCAUGGGUGCCUCCGACACCUGUUUCUACAUCAACAUCUCCAAAGAGGAGAACUCAGCCUUUGUCAGGGGCCACAGAGAGCCAGUGAGGGGCGAAUCCAGAGGGGUCCCGCAGACAAUCUACCAUGGGCUCACUCGCCUACCAGUGCACAGCAUUAUAGCCAGCAUGGGCACGGUAGCCAUAGACCUUCAGGACUCGAGUGACAGCAGUCCAGAGGGCACGGGCCCAGCGGCUCUGGGCAGUGGGACUGUAAAUAGGACCGGGUCCAGGACAGAAGGGGGUGGCUGUAACACUCUAGCGCUACCCGCCAUGGGUGGCUCAGCGGAGGAGAGGAGGCACAGCAUAGCCCCUGUCCUGGAGGUGGUGGACAGGGUGCACAGCCCCACGUUUGACCUGCUGGGGGACCAAUCAGAGGAUGAGGGAGGAGAGGAGGGGAAGGAGGAAGAGGGGGAAGAGCAGAAAGGCCCGUGGUGGGGAGCACACUGCGAAUGGGUUAAAGGCUACCCACUAAACUCUCCAUACAUCGGCAGCUCUCCCGCCCUCUGCCACCUUCUGCAAGAGAAAAUGCCAUUUUGCUGUCUGCGCCUGGAUAAGGCUUGUCAUCAUAUGCCCUAUGAGGAUGCUCGUUCGUACGGCUUUAAAAACAAACUGAUCAUCGUGUCCGCAGAAAGUGCUGGAAACGGCCUCUAUAACUUCAUAGUUCCGCUGCGGGCGUAUUACCGGCCCAGGAAGGAGCUCAACCCCAUUGUUUUGCUACUGGAGAAUGUACCUGAGGCAGACUUCUUGGAGGCCAUCUGCUGGUUUCCUAUGGUCUAUUACACAGUGGGCUCCAUCGACAAUUUGGAUAGUCUUCUGCGUUGUGGCGUAACGUUUGCUGACACCAUGGUUGUGGUGGACAAAGAGAGCUCCAUGAUUGCUGAGGAGGAUUACAUGGCUGAUGCCAAGACCAUAGUUAAUGUUCAGACACUCUUCAGGCUUUUUCCAGCUCUCAGUAUCAUAACUGAACUCACCCACCCAGCCAACAUGCGUUUCAUGCAGUUCAAAGUGAAAGACCACUAUUCUCUAGCUCUUUCUAAACUGGAAAAGAAAGAGAGAGAGAGAGGCUCUAACCUGGUGUUCAUGUUCAGAUUACCGUUUGCAGCUGGGAAGGUGUUUAGUGUCAGUAUGUUAGACACUCUGCUGUAUCAGUCCUUUGUGAAGGACUACAUGAUCUCCAUCACCAGACUGCUGCUAGGUCUGGACUCCAUGCCUGGAUCUGGCUUCCUGUGUGCUAUGAAAAUCACAGAGGAGGAUUUGUGGAUUCGCACUUACGGCCGCCUCUACCAGAAGCUGUGCUCAUCGACAGGAGACAUUCCCAUCGGCAUCUACCGCACUGAAGCACAUAAACUGCCUGUCUCAGAGUGUUUCUGUGGAGGAUUGAGUCCAUUCUGUGGCUUGUCUCAGUCUCAGGUGUCCAUCACGGUGGAGGAUUACGAGGAUACGCGUGAGCCCCGUGAGCCUCUGCUCUGCCGCUCCGGUCUUCACCGUAACUCAACAUCAUCUGAACCGCCCCCCUCGUCCUCCUCCUCAUCACAGGCUAUGGACCACCCGCUCCUGAGGAGGAAGAGCAUGCAGUGGGCACGUCGAUUGAGUCGUAAAGGUGGACGGAACUCCAGCGGAGCCAAGGGAGUUGGAAGCGCCGCGGAGCGCAUCAGCCAGCAGAGACUCAACCUGUUCCGGCGCUCCGAGAGGCAGGAGCUCAACGCUUUGGUCCGCACACGCAUGAAGCACUUGGGGCUCUCGCCAUCUGGAUUUAUCUUGUGUCCUGCUCUUCUUAUGUCAGAUGGGAUGACGGACCAGGGCAACAGACUUUCCUAUAUUCUUAUCAACCCUUCCCCUGACACACGCCUGGAGCUCCAUGAUGUCGUGUAUUUGAUCAGACCAGAUCUUCUGUCACCAGUGCCUAACCAGGCCGGCACUCGCAAGCCUAGCGCAGGGCCAGCGGAGGGACACAGAUUUGACACACAGGACAGCACUCAUCUAUGAACGCAAUGACCACAGGCCACCAGCACAAGAAUCACCUGCCGGCAUAGAUGCGGCAUACUGAUGUUUGUGCGUGUGUACAGCUGAGAGAGAGAGGAAUACCUGUGCAGAUGGGACUGUGAGCUGAAUCUACACUGUAAAAAGUGAUCUUGCUUUUCAUUGCCUUCACUCAACUUUCAUGUCAUCUAAUCAAUACAACUGAAAUUGUUGA